AUGGAUUCGUCCAGCUCAUCCGGCACAUACAGCACCUCCAGAGGCCGACUCUCAAGACCAUCGCGAAGGAGGAGGCUUGUUCUGAGUCUGAGUCAGAAGGACACCCUGCAAGCACUCUUUCAACAGAACCCCUAUCCCGGGAUAACGACCAGAGAAUGGCUGGCACGAGAACUGGACAUUCCAGAAAGCAGAAUUCAGGUUUGGUUUCAAAACCAACGAAGAAGACGCCUAAAGCAGAGCCGAUUGCUGUCGGAGAAUGCCUUCAAAGGAGGGCAGUCACAGCCGCUGCGGCCCCCACCACCUGAGGCGAGGCGAAAGAGGACUUUCAUCUCUCCUUCUCAAACAAGGGUCCUUAUGCAAGCCUUUGAGAGGGAUCGAUUUCCAUCUAUUGCUGCCAGGGAAGAAUUGGCUCACCAGACAGGAAUUCCCGAACCUCGAAUCCAGAUAUGGUUCCAGAACCGAAGAGCUCGGCACCCAAAGCAGAGCGCUAGUGGGCCUGUGAAUGCCUUAGCCAAAGGCCCUGAUGCCACAUCAGCUGUGACUGCCCUGUCGGACCAAAAGGCUUCCUAUGGGUGCUGUGUGGGCCAGCCGUUGAUGUUCAUCAUGCUCCAGCCCAGCCUGGCAGCCCUUCAGAGAUGCCAGAACCCACAGCCUCUUCUGGCCACAGUUCCGUGGGGCGAACCGUCACAUGCUCUCAUCGCCAGUGGGCAGCCUGCCCAGGGGGCCAUCUGGCCACCUGCACCACCAGAGACACACUUCUGGCAGCAGCAGGCAAGCUCAGGUGAAGAGACAUCUCCCCAGCUGGAGCAACAGCCCCAGCGCUCAGCCCUUACAGGCUCCUCAAGCCUCCUGGAUGAACUCUUGUCAGACGUGGACAUUCUGGACUAG